AUGUGCCAGGACGUUAUAAUUGCGCUGUUUUUGCUGCUAUUUCUCUUUGAAUUCGGGGAAGUCGAUAGUGCUGUGGAGAAGAAAGAGUUGUUGACAAAAAUGUCGGCGAGAGAUCGCUUUUUCAACAGUCAACUUCCCGUGUAUCCCAGCAAGAAGAGUGGGCAGCAGAUCGCGAACUCUGAUAGUGUGCAGGAGCCGCUGGCCGAUAAGGAUUACAAAAGAUUGUUCAAGGUGUCUUCGGGGACGGAGACAAGGAAACGGAUGAAAAGUAAGUCCCGCUAGCUCGUGAAAAGUCCUCGCUUUUUUGAUUUCCCUUGCUGAUGAGUCUGCAAGAAAGCGAGAGCUUUUAGAAUCACGCUUUCCGACGUUUCAGGCCCUCGUAUUGUUCGUCCAAAUCAGUCUACCGAAGAAGCCCACACCGAGGCUGACCACCCGUUCGAGGACGAGCGAACUCUCCUCCGCAAAAUGCUCGAACUCCCCGCCCGACUUCCCAUAUCCCCCACGAACAAGAUCACCAAGCCUCGGAAGGUUGUAACCCUCGCCACAACCACCCCGCUUCCCUUCAACACCUCGGAAAUGUCGAUGCGACGGACAACGAUCAGCAUAGACCAGCCGAUGAUGACGAGAGUACGCUUUUCUCGGUUUUAAUGGAUGUGAAUGUAGAAACUAAUUCCAGGUGUACUUUCUGCGUGGAAAAAUCCCGCUCAAACUCGACUGUCGGAUCCUCGACGUCGACCCCAGCUCAAAGUCGAACGAGACGCGGUCGGCGGCGCCGAGAAACGACCGACCAAGCCGUUCGCCAAGAGCAGCACCGGCCGGACCGUGGAAGCAAAUAGUCGAGGCUGGACUUCGACAACAAACGCGCGAACCGCCGGCUCCACCACUCCAAGUCGAGGCUGGCCUUCGACAGUUGCAACAACAACUACCCCGUAUGCCUCAACGACAGCUGCGGGUCCUGAUGAGCCAGUUGAAGAGGGACUGUCCGAAGCCUACCCCAGCGAGUUAGUUGAGGCUUUCUUCAACGAUGAGCUGGAUUCAUUCUACGGAACCAAGUCGUCCGAAAAGGUUCUGGUCGAUAAUGGAGAUGAGGAGUCAAGAGAGAACCAACCGAUGGGAUGGAAAAAGGAGAUCGAAAAGGAUUUCUUGCCUCUACAGAGACCAUACAUUAACCCUUCCACAUGGAAGAGCCGUGUGGUGCAGUUUGACGAGAAUAAUAUAAUAAUCAAAGAAAGGGGAAACAUUAUAAGUCAUGAUGAAGAAUAA